AUGCCACGACAAGUCUGGCCGGCUUUGAGGGCAGAAGAUAAGGGCCAAUAUGGAAUAGUCAUUUCUCCAGCGACUCUUCCUCGUAACCCCCUCCUGGACGGCAGCAUCGGAAGAACGGAGUCGACAGCUGAAUCAGACAGACAACAAGAGGACGAUGAGAUACUCCAGCAAAACGAACGCAUGAGCUUUCUCCGGAAGCUCAUUGCGACAGACCGACGCUGCUUCGUCACUGGUCAACCCGGUGACUGGCUGCAAGCUGCCCAGCUCAUAAACACGCUACGAUCUGUCCCGCAUGACCACACCGAAGAAUAUUUGCGGGACGUGAAGGAGGCCAUUGAAGCCCUCCUCACAAGACUGGAGUUCAAUCAGCAAGCGAACUUCAGCCUCGACGCGAGAUGUAACCUUAUGCUGCUUUCGACUGAGUGGCACGCCGGCCUCGAUCUAUACGGCUCUUUCGCGAUUACUCCCCCCUUGGACGUUAUUAUCCAAAUAACUCGCAAACUUCAAGAAUGUAACCAUGAGUGGGCUUUCCGUUACGCCCAAGAUUCCGGUGCAAAAAGGAACUUGCCUUAUGGAGAGCUCCCACUUGACAUUUCUCAGUUGAAAUGGCGCAUCCUUAUCAUUCAUUCCCGUGGGCCGUGUCCAAGCGGUCGACCAGUUCAAGCAAUACACCCAUCUGAACGCAAUAACCAUCAAACGACAGUGCUGGUCACUUGGCGCAAUUACACUCCUGGUAUCGUUGACUAUGCACCAUUUCUGUGCGAAUCUGGCUCCAACAUACCCCUCGAAAUCCGUUUUCAGACGAGACGCGAAGCCCAUGACCAACUUUCGCUAUUUGCCGUCCUCGUCAAUGCAGCAUCGAAAAUCAAAGCUUUUGUGUCUUCCACUCAUCAUCGUCCCGGAGAUGAUAUGUCGCACGAAGGCCCCCUCCUAGGCUUCAACACUGUCUACGACAAAUUGCUCGAGGCAAUUUAUUUCGUCCCCCAUCCAAACCUCCAUAACGAUGUCAAAUUGGCACUUGAUCCCUCAACGGUUGUAACACCUACUCGGACACUGGCAGAACCUGCAACCACAUUGCCCAUACCAGAUCGCGAUGCUGAGCACACAGAGAUAGGGAUCAAUUCGCCGCCGAUGCAGCCCGAAUCAGACAUUUUGCCUGGGAUAACUCCAUCGGAAUUUGAGUUGUUACUUCAAGAAGCGCAUCAUCCUACAAACAAGAUGUCGCGACGGGAGCUUUUUGGGCUCCUUCUGUAUGGAGUCCCAGGCCAUGCACAACAUGUAGAACCGCCUCCAAAUCCGCUUUUUACCUAA